GGAGGACACUCAGCGGGUCUCACGGGGGACGACGAUGUACCGGGACUCUUCCGCGGCUCGCUUCCAGCCCGCAGCGGGCGGACACUGAGUGGACACGCCGCUGCUGCUUCCGCCGCUGCACACCGUUUUGGUUUUCAACCCUUUAAUUUAGAUUUUCGAUGUAUUUUUGGGGGGGAAUAUUACGUGAACGCGCUUUUUUAAUUUUUUUUAAUAACUUUAUAACUUUUAUUUUCAUGGAUAUAGUUCAUACUUGUUGGAGUAUUUUUACACACUUUUUUUUAUUUUUUAUAAAGAAUAUGUAAUAAAGCGUAGAAUGCUUUAUUGUGGUAGUUUUGUGGCGUGAAUACAGAACAACAAUGAUUUCGGAGGAGAAAAGCGGCCACGUAAAUAAACAAGCCCUGAACUUCCCGGUGGGUUUAAUCAUCCGCUCCCCCAAGAAGGGACUGGCCAAGCUGGGGAGGAAACCCAGCAAUGGAUCCGUCCAGUCCAGUAACUCGGACCUCACCGUCCGCUCCACGGACAGCGCAGGCAUCCGGCAGCCGGCCAAGAACAAGAUCCGCCGGCACAACCGGCUUUCGGCCGUUUUCAACCUCAGCCCCGGCAGCGGGCGCCGCAGCCAGACGCUGGGGGGCGCGGACCUCCAGGCCGCGGACGACCCGGCGGAGCUGUCCAGCCAGAAGUCGGUGCCGGGCAUCCUGAAGAUCUUCGGAAACGACAUCUGUCGGGGGGCCAACUAUAAGAGCGUGCUGGCCACCACGCAGUCCAGUGCGAAGGAGCUGGUGAAGGAGGCCUUGGAGAGGUACUGCCUGGAAAAAGAAGACGCCAACGACUACGUGCUCUGCGACGUGAUCGGCCAGAAGGCCGAGGACAACCAGUGGAGCCGCGAGUGCUUCCGGGUGGUGGGAGACAACGAGAAGCCCCUGGUGCUGCAGUCGCUGUGGAAACCCAAGGAAGGCUUCUCCAGGCGCUUCGAAAUCCAGCUGAGGGCGAGCGUGGAGGAGCAGGGCUUAAAGGACCUGGACACCGUCACGGCAGGCAUCAACGCUCAGGCCCGUAAGCUGCAGAAGAGCCGCGCCAGGGUGACCUCGCUGUUGGUGGACGGCAGCGGCGAGGACGCCGACGGCCUCGGCAUCUGGAGGAGUCUCAGCGAGAUGGACCUGCCCGCCGCGGGGGAGGAGGCCGGCCGGGCCCGGCAGAGCGCCGCCGAGCUCAGGGAGGAUACGGAGGCCGAGGCCGACAAGGAGGUGCUGCGGCUCGGCAUGGAGAAGGAGGAGACGGAGAGCAGCGACGACAACUCCACCCAGUACUCCAUCCACGCGCCGUUCGACUUCCCGUACUUCCUGCUGCUGCAGGGCUACAGCCACAGACAGGAUUUUGUCAUCUACCUGAUGAGUGGGAUCACCACCAUCUUCGGCUGCUGCAGGGAGCACAGCAACGGGGAAGACGAGGAGAGGUUAAAGGUCGACAUCCUUCUCUUUGCCCCCGACGUGUCGCUUCAGCACUGCCGGGUCAAACGCGUGGACUCGAACCCCCCGCCCUCCACGGGGGAGCUCAGGAAGGCCGUGACCAUGCUGAAGCCGCUCCACGGCGCCGCGGUGACCAGGAACGGCGUCCUCCUCAAAGAGGAGGUGGAACUGCACUCGGGGGACUUGGUCGGCUUGGGGAAACACUACCUGCUCAUGUUUAAGGACCCCACCGGCGGCGCAUCCGGGUCCCCGCACACCCCUCCCCCGUGGAUGAGCGCGCUUUUCCCGAACUCGGACGCGAAGGCGCCGUCCUCGUGUUCGUCGUGCGGCUCCUCCAUCGCCGCCAAGAAAAGGCUCCGCAGGAGGCCGCCUUCGCCGCCUCAUUGGAGGGACCCGGAAGGCACGGAGGCCAUGGUGAUCUACGAGCCGGAGCAGGAGGAGCGGGUCCUGCAGAAGGUUUUGGGUAUGCUGGACCCCUGUGGGGAUGAACCCAAGCUGACGCCCGCCUUCCUGCUGAGCCUCUGCCUCCGGCGCUCGGCCUCCGCGUUCGAGCUGAUGCAGUUCAGGCAGCUGCUGCUCCGGACUGCCGCGCAGAUCCAGAUCGUCAUGUGGGCGAAGACAAAGGAACUCGCAGCGAUCCAUCCAGAAACUGAAGAGCCGUCCGAGUGUCCUCAGCAGCUCAGCAUGGACGAGCUGAUCCCAGGUCUGCAGCCUCUGGUCCUGUGGAUGGCCAACUCCAUUGAACUGCUGCACUUCAUUCAGCACGAGGUCCCUCUGCUGCUGCCCUGGAGGCACGACCGGGAGGACACAGGCCUGUCGGACUCUGAGAUGUCCUCCACUCGUUCGGCCUGUGAGGAAGCCAUGACCGUCCUGGAAGAAGUCAUCAUGUUCACCUUCCAGCAGUCCGUCUACUACCUAACGAAGAGCAUGUAUUCGGCUCUGCCCGGCCUGCUGGACGGGAACCCGUUCUCGGAGAGCGGUCAGCUGCGAGCGCCCGACGGACUCAGCGGCGUCCUGGAGGUCCUGAAGGAGGCGCUGACGCUCCUCACGACCUUCCAGGUCCACCCGGACAUCUCGUUGCAGCUGUGCGCCUACCUGCUCUUCUUCAUCAACGCGUCGCUCUUCAACGCCCUCAUGGAGAAAGGGUCCAUCGCUGGGUUCUACCAGUGGUCCCGAGGGGUUCAGAUCCGGGCCAACCUGGACCUGCUGAUGGACUGGAUCCAGAGCAUCGGUCUGGGCGACCUGGCCAACGAAUACCUCCGGAAGCUCUCGGCGGCCGUCAACCUGCUGGCCAUGCCCAGGGAAUCGCUCCUGCAGGCGUCGUGGUCUUCUCUCCGGACCGACUACGCGGCCCUGAACGCCUCUCAGCUCCACCACAUGCUGAGGGAGUACAGCUCCGGGAAGCCGUGUCCCGCCGGGUGGACCCCGACCCCGCCGGACGGCGAGGACGCGCUCAGGACGGCCGACAUCCUGGAGAGCUUCGACAGCCACCCGCCGCUCGUGCUGCCCGACGCCGGCUUCCACCUGGAGCUGGCGAAGCCCGUGGAGGAGCCCGGUCUGUUCCGCCAGCUCGCCCGCCUGCAGGAGUUCAUACGGAGAAUGCCCGACGGCGAGGAGGAGGAGGAAGAGGAGGAGGAACGGACCCUCCAGGCUCCGGGCCCCGACCCGAUUACCUGCCCCGACCCGGUUACCCGCCCCUCCCCCGACCCGGUUACCCGCCCCUCCCCCGGCCCCAACCCGGUUACCCGCCCCUCCCCCGACCCCGCCGAGCCCACCCGGGCCAGAGGGUCCCACGGCGACCUGAGCGGCCGCGAGGCGGUGCUGACCCAGAAGCUGAGGAGCCUGGAGCUGCAGAACGCCCUGCCGGGUCACGCCGACACGGGCUACCACAAGAGCCCGGCGCUGGACCCGUCCUGCCUGCUCACGCCCCCCAACACACCGCAGGGCAUGGAGCUGGAGCUGGAGGCCGACCCGCGGGAGAGAGCCGGUGGACGUGCCGACGGGAGGCCGGAGACUAUAGAAGAAGACCGAGAGGAAGUGUUCACGGUGGAGCUUCACAAGGAACGCCGCGGGCUUGGCCUGGCGCUCGUGGACGGGACGAAAACCCAGCUGAGGAUGAGCGGCAUUUACGUGAAGUCGGUGGUUCCCGACUCUCCCGCCGCUCGGUGCCUGAAGCUGAGGAAGGGCGAUCGCAUCCUGGCGGUGAACGGCGUCAGCGUGGUCGGAACGGACUACAGCGUCGGCAGGGAACUGAUCCGAUCGGCAGGAGACACCCUCAGACUGCUGGUGGCCAAGAUCGACUCGACGGACUCGCCUAGGACUAUGUUUUUUUAACGUGAAAUAGAGCUGCGUUUGAGACAAUCAACCCGAAGCGGCUCAUUGUUUUUUUGCUGACGGCGCGAAUUUCUGGACAAUAAACAAACUCAUAAACCGAGAGGUGGUUUGGCAGCGAGGAGGAGAGGAGCUGCCUGGGAGGGCAAUUUGUAGUUAUAAAUAUCUAUUUGAAUGUCUGAGUUUGCGGUUUUCGGUCUGACGACCCUCAUCAAGCUGAGAUUCACGUCUGGCUACGACUGGAAUCGUUUGUUUUUACACUACGGACAUGUUUAUUGAAGUCAUUUGAGUAAAAGAUCUGUCACUGGGCAGCGUAUUUUCGGAAAAAUAUAUUUGUUAAUAUUCUGUCUUUUCUAGAAAAAUGGGGAUCAAGCAGAAUUAUCUCAAUUUACUGGGAUUCUUUGGUUGUUGUUCUAUGGAGAAAAAAAGAGACAAUAUAAAAAAAAAAUCCUUUGCAUUUUAGCAGUUGGUCGUUUUUUCAACAUUCGGAAUAAAAUCUACACUUUUAUAUCACAGGAAAGAAUGCUCUUCAAAAGUAUUGAUCCGUUGACAGCAGGUCGUGUGACAGUUAAUUUUAACUGAAAUGAUUUGGUAUUUUUUAUGCAUUUAAACAAACUUGAGGAUGAUUCAUUGCAGCUGUAAUUAUUAUAUUACUUAUCAUAACAGUAGAUCAGUCAUAGUGAUGAACCUACAGAGAAUUACCUCUUCAACUUUAUUUAUUUUUAUACAACAGAAAAAGAAACUAUGAAAUAGUAAAACACUAGGGCAAAAAAUGUAAGUUCAAAUCAAAUGAAAUCCUUACAUUUUCUUUUGAAAAGCGUUGGUAUUCAUCCGAGUCUGCGGCUUUAAGGAGUUUUAUUGUGAGUUUCAGAUCCUUGUUUUUAUUUCCAUCCCGCAACUUUACUGUUCUGGUUCCCUCUCAGUUCUCUCAUCGCGUUGUUUCCAGAGAAAAAGCUGUAAAACAAGCAGUUAGAGACGAGCUGGUGGAGCCUUCAGCAGCGAAAGGUGGAGGAGACCAAAAACGGAGCGAAAAGUGAGAAUACUGCACUUCAAAUUCAUCAGGUGACACAAAGGCAAGAUAAUAAUUUGGCUCUUAUGAGUUGAUACGCAACUCUUUCCUGAGUUAAGAAAAAGUUGUUUUUACGUUUUGGGAGAUAAAUACUAUUCUACAUUUUAAGAAUGCACAGAAAUAAAUUUAAAAAAUGUG